UCGCGUCAUGUCAUGUCCCCUGUGAAGACGCAUGCAUUUCAGGAAAAACAAGUUUGGAGACAUUCAGUUUGUCAUCCUUCCUCCGCCUUUUUUGUCUUCCUCUCGCUCUUCCUUGUUUAUUUAUAGGCUGACUGUAUCUGCAGAUGGUUUGAUUGAUUCUUGUUCUGACUGACUUCUACCAAGCGGAUCAUGGACUUCUCUCAGCCUUUCUCGGUCCUCAACGAGAAGCUGAGACCUCGAGUCACCACCAGUGAACAGCUCUACUCCUCCCUGAACAGACUGGAGGACAGACAGCUGGGCUCACUCAGGAACAGAUCUUUAUCUUACCGACCAACUGUUCUGCCAGCAGAACCAGUCCCUGUGCCCAUAACAGAACCGAAUAAUCCAGAAGAACCUAAAGAUGAUGCAGAGCAGGAGGAUUUGGUCACUGAUGGCCUUGAAGAAGGAAAUUGUGCUGCUCUGCUCCCCGUUAACAACACAUGCCUCAUCACUGAAUUGAAUUUAAAAGAUGUGGGUGAAGAGGAGCAGUCUGAGGAGAAAGACAGUCCAGGUGAACUGACCACAAAAGAGACAAGGGACUCCUCAGUGUCCUUGGCCAGUGAAGGUGAAAGCUCCCUCCAGAGGAGCUAUAUUGAUGGGACUUUACCAGACCUGAUCAAGAGCGGCAGACCGCUCAGCAGACGCAGAACACUGGGACAUGUCUCAGACACGCUUAAUGAAGUGCGCAGAGAAGUGGAGCUGUCUCGGAGACGAAGUAUCAAGCUUAAGGCCCAGGUGGACAAACUACAGGAGAGCAGAGAGGGACCAGGCUGGAGCCAACACAGAGAGAGGGUCACAGAGGAGGUCCUGUCCAUACUGCGGCUGCUGCACCCGCUGACAGAGGCCACGUCCAGCCCACCUGAACCCUCUUGUGGGGAAAACCGCCUGGACGCUGCCCUGGCGCAGCUGCAGACUGUGGCCCGUAAACUGGCAAUCAGCCACACCAAACAGGAGUCUGGAAAAGGAGCAGAGGACAGUGCUAUUCUCCAGCAGGCGUUGCGGGACAGAGAUGAGGCCAUAGAGAAGAAGAAGGCGAUGGAGGCCGAGCUGCUGCGAAGUAAGACGGAGAUGAUGUCACUGAACAACCAGCUGCUGGAGGCCGUACAGAAACGUCUGGAGCUGUCGCUGGAGCUCGAGGCCUGGAAGGAGGACGUUCAGCUGAUCCUCCAUCAACAGCUGAAGAGUCAGCAGCAGGCAGAGCAGGCCCAGAAGAAGUCCUCCCGGCUGGGCAUCCUGAGGAGAAACAACCGACCGCCCAUCCAGCGGCCUUCCAGUUUCCCUUUGCCUGCACCAACCCCUCCCACAAUCAACUCAAACCAAAUCUUCAUCUCCAGACCCGGGGUUUCUGCUGCUCCACCUCCCAGCGUGCCUCCUUCUACCGGCACGCAACGCAACUGGAGGGACAAGCUGAGGAGGGGCAAGAGCGGGCGUCAAGGAGAGGAUGCAGCGGGGCAGGACUCAGAGUGGGGCGGGGACGACGACGGCUUCCAGGUCGUGUCACUUGAUUGAAACAGAGAUGACUUUACACUCAGCACAUUUAUUCUGAUACACAACUCUCAUGUCUAGCACAUUUUUUUGCAUCUUUGACUCAUGUAAUUUAUGUAUAGAAUAUAACUGAUUAUGAAUGAGCCAUGUAUUUGUUUAAUACUAGGGGUGGUUAAUCGGUCCAAUUUCCUGAUUCAAUUCGAUUACCAAUUGAUUACUGAGUUUCCACUUGACAGCAGUAACCCAAAAUACACCAUAAACGUACUGCACCAUUUAAAAAAAGAAGUCAGCUGCUGAAUUACUCAACUUCUCUUUUAUUAAAAAACAUCUCAAAGCACCUUCAGUAUUGUGUAGUAGCCUAUAGCUGUAACUUCCAAAUUAGUUUUUAACUCGUUUUAGAUGUGUUUCACCGGGGAUAAUUUUGUUGUCAACUCGUGGAGAGUACGCUGAUUCGGUGGAAUGAUAGCCGUCAGGCGGUUGUCUUUAGCCCACACAGCCUCCUCUGGAUGGAAGCGCGACAUGAGAGCCAGGGGUGGGCUGGUGUUGAGAUUCAGUCCGGGAGCUUGGUUUGGAGAGACCUUUUACCCGAUCGCACAAUGGACGUAAGUGGAACUGUGAUUUUACCAUGAAUACUUUAUUUGCAGUAUAAAAACAAUCUAAUGAUAUACAUGAUAUACAGUCAGUCGAGUGUACUAAAGUGUACUACAUAUGCUCAUACAUACGAUGCAUACUCACUAUGCACAACACACAACAAUGCAUACGAUGCACAACACUAUGUUUAUUUAAAAAUUAAAACUACUGUGUGCGCGCGCGCGGAGAACAGAGGCAAGAAGACUGGCAAAAUUGUGUUCAAUUUCUGCUUUGUUUGGUAGCAUGAAAACAUGGAAAAGAAGAUGAUUUUUGUGUGGCUUAGAUGUGGUUUGCUCAAAUAAAAGCAAUUAAGUGUA